GUAAUUUGUUGUUUGAUGUUUGAAGGAAAAUUAAACCAUGAUGGAAUUUGACCACAGUGUGGUCGAUUUACAAGAUCUUUCGGAAUGGCCAGAUAGUCUAGAAUUUGAUGAAUUCUUCGAUCCAAGCGAAGUCCAUGAAGAACCACUAGCGAAGCGUCGAAGAACCUCUAUCGAAGAGUCUCCCAAAACACACGCAGUAGCUUCUAUGAUAAGAAAACCUGUGGAGUUAAACUGCAGUGGUCACAUCUCUCCUAGCAGAAUUAAAGAGGCACUCUGCCAAAAUGGUUACCUAGCUACUGGUAUAUUCAGUGCGGUUCUGCAUCAGGAAGAUCCUUAUCCAGGGUUAUUCUUGAACCAGACUGUCGAGUUGUUUGGAGCUACAUUUGUCUCAGGCAAUGUUCUCCUUCAUCAAAUGGAAACAUUAUUCUUCAUGGUGAGGCAGCAAGUUUUCAAGUUGGAAAAUGAUGGAAGCAUGACAACUUUAUCUGAUGAUGUGCACUCCCGCUGUGUCGAGCUUCGAAGACAAUGCAGUGAAUUCUGUGCAUUUCUGUUGAAUUUUGCACACAAUCAUCUCUACGCAAUCCAAGAUUCCGUCCCAAGUAACAAUCUUCUUCACGAGUGGUUCCUUCUGCCGUCAAAACUUACCAAACAACUGGAAGAUUUAUCACGGUUCCUCGGCCGGUUUUCUUCGCUUCCCAGUUCCUUUAUCAUGAUAAACCCAAUGAAUUCAAUUGGUCCUGUGCGUUUAAAAGCCGGAGGACACUUAUUUCAUCUCCAUCUGGAGCUUAACUGGGCAGCUAUUCAAACACUAUCUUUGAUUUUGAACAAGCAGGGUCAGUCCGACAGUUUCUCUUCGGAUCAAUUUGUUGACGUAAUAAACAGCCUGAAGAGAUACACAUUUUCAUUCCUUUGGGACCUGAUAACGUUAGCCGUUUCCAUCUAUAACAAGGAAAAUCAGUCAAACGUCCUUCAGGUAUGUCCGUUUCCCUGUGGCUGCGUGGGUGAACUGUGGAUUAUGUUGAUCCAUUUGAUGGAUCAUCUAAGCAUCAAAACAGAUCUCGAGUCGUUCUGGUCGGCGGUUUCCUCCAUCAUGUCAGAGAUUCUUAAUCCUAAGGAGUCUGAGCCCGAUAGUCAGGACUCUACCGCGCAGCCCUGGGUCGAGUCCUGUGCUCCUCCAGGUUUCACAGUGAAGACGCCUGUUAAUUUCUGUUGGUGGUUGUUGACGCAUUUGUCCCCUCUCUACUGGUUUACAGACAAAGGAGUGUACUCACAAAGGAAAAAGAGUUGUGUUCCUGGAAAUUGGGUACUGGCCCAAGAUCUACUUAAAGCUUCUCUUCUAAAUAACAAGGAAAAUCAUGAAGAAUCUAAAUGCCGCCACUCUCUCCGCUGCUGUGUUUCGUUAUCUUAUCACUGGUCCGCAAACUCUGAUCUCAUUUUGUGGCUGUGGGAUUAUUUUCACAAGAGAUUGAAUAGCUCGUUUCACAUUCCUGAGCAAUCUCUGCAUAGCUUUGGUCUCGUCAGCUCAUCUUCUCUUCAGUGGAUGGAGCAGUGUUUAAAUAGGUCCAAGGUAACGCAAGGAGGUAGUACUGUUGUUCCAGAACACGAAUGCAGUUUCACUCUCUUCUUACGGCUGGUGUCAGUUCACUUCGCCAAAUUACUUCAGAGUGGAUCGUUACAGGCCUGGAAACAGAUGAAGGGCAGGUUCUACUCAAAGUUUCAUAAGCGCCGUAUGGAGGAGUUGAACAUCACAGGACUUCAUCACUUUAUCAGUCUUUUUCUUACUCUUUCCUGUGUGGCUGACCUAGAGGAUGUGGCAAACAAGUUGUGUUCAUUUCUUGACUUGCUGGACUUUCACAAGAUGGCACAGGACAAGAAAAUUAGUGUUUGGAAAGGGCUUUUUGCCUUGAUGCUCAUUUAUAAGGAGAAGAACGUGGAUUUUGGAUACCUGGCGGAAAGAUUGUCUCACAGUUUUUUCACUGUUGCGAGGGAAUACACGGAGUCUUCUCAAAAUAAAACUCGUCAUAAAAACUGCUGGCAGUUGAUCACACUAUAUCUGGACAGUACACAGGAUGUGUUCGAACACAAAAAUAAACAGGACUUGUCCGAAAGUAAACUGAUUGCUGAUGGAUUGCAAUACCUGUUAAAUUCGUGUCGUGACAAUGAACUCAGAUACCUACUGAGCUUUGUACAGACAACUCUGGCGUCAUUAACGCAAAAGAACGGGGGUAGACCAGGGCUCUCAGAUAUUGUCAGUGUGAUGUGGAAGCACGUAUUUUGUCACGUGAGGAACCUAGCAUCUGAUGCUUUGUGUAUCCAGUCGGUAUCCAUUCCCUUGGCUGACACGUUGGCCGGCUUUACACUCUCUGCACUCGACAGAUAUCCCGAGGAGGUCCCUGGCGUAACUGGCGUGACGUUUACCAGUCUGCUACGGGAUCUUGGUGUUAAAGACGAAAUGUCCGCUAGCUUUUGCUGUCGAUUCCUAUGCCACAUUUUACCCAGCUCUUCGGCAACGACGGCGAUUCAAGCAGAGAACAUAGACGGAGACAUAAUUCACGCGUGGUUUAGAUGUCUGUUGCAGCUACCGCCGUCUCAUGAAGGAUUAACAGAACUAACCAGAGCAGUGGGUAAAUUACCCGAAAUGGAGAAACUACUGAGGGGCCAGCCUGGAUUUGGAACUGGUGAAAGCAGUGAAACAUCUUUGCAGCUAUUUAUUGUUGCGCUUGGGCGUCAUCACUCAUCACUGACAAAGUUUGACGAAUCAAUCCAGUUCCGCGAGACGGUGCAGAGAUACCUGGGUGACGUCAUUAAGUACGUGGACCACGUGCUAAGAAAUGUUGGACCUGCGAACCAACUGAGUCGUACUUUCGGCUUUUCAACCAGGUCUUGCCAUCAUCUACUCAGGCAGCCAGUAUUCCGACUAAGAAUCCUUUUCUGGUGAUUCUCAAAGGAUCAUGUUUACCCAAUCCUGCACCUGAGAACAGGGAAUUUCGUCAAUUCGCCGUGGAGAUCAUUCAAGAGAAUUUCUUGUGCCUACCCCAGCAGCCUGCAAAUCUAGCGACAACUCUGUCAUUCUUGGAGCAGUUGUUUAGGAAAACACUCAGUUCUUCUGAGACGGCAAGAAACACUCCUGUUUUGCUGGAAUCUAUAAUGUUUUGUUUAUUGACGUGUGAUCAGUUUACUGCAGGAAACGAACCCCCCGAGAUAAGAAGGCAAGCCACUGAAAUUCUACGUUUAAUGGUUGGAGCUUGUAAGAAAACGCCGGAAAUGAACUCCAGGGAAGUUCUUUUGCCUCACUUAAGAAAUUUCUUGUACAGUAAAAUCACUCUGUACCAGGGUUUAGUGUUUAAAACACUUGAAAGUCUUGUCCUAUUGGACCUAGAACUCGUCACGGCGUUGAUACCCGCUGGUAAACAGGCCGUGAAACAGCUCGAACAAAAGAGGGGAGUGGGAACUGACAUGCAAUUAAGAUCUUCGUUCAAGUCAUUUCUAAGUAAACUUGGACACAGCGGCGAAGAGGCAAUCAAAGAUUUCGAGAAGGAAAAUGUGGACACACAACAUUGAAUAUAUCCUGAUAGCAAUGGUUUUAACACAAAUGCUCUCGAAUAAAAUUUUACGAAAGUUAAAGAGAAA